CCGGGCCCGCAAUAGUACAAAUGUAAACAUGGAAUAUUAACCUAACUAAUUGGAAAUAUAAAAUAACAAAUUAUUACCAAGUACAAUGAUGCAGCCAAAUUUAAAAUGUGUUCAAUAGCAUUGUAGGCCUUUUUAUUUUUCAGCAAUACACGAGAUAAUGAUUGCACAUUUAGUUUUUUCAAAUAAAUAUGCGAGCGAAAAACUUGUUCUGCCAUUUGGUAAAACUGUAUUAGGCAGGGGACCAUUACUUAAGAUUACAGAUAAACGAGUUUCACGAUCUCAUGCAGUUAUUAUAAAUGACGAAAAUAAACUCUUAUUAAAAUCGUUAUGUAAAUAUCCAACAUACUAUUGUCCUCCUGGUUUGGAAGAGGUAAUUCCAUUGAAAUAUAAUGAAGAAUGUGUUUUAGCUAAUGCUGGAAAGAUUUCUUUUCUUCCUGAUGACUUAAUUUUUCAAGUAAUAAUUGAAGAAGAAGCAAAUAAUGACCCAGAAGAGAUGAAGUCAUUCAUUCAGCAAUCAACAAAUCACUCCUUAGAUGAGGACAUUUUUUUACCCACUACAGGUACAAAUUUUGAUGUUAGUUCAAGGAAAAGGGUUCUUCCUCAAUGGAUGACUGACCUUAAAGAAGCAAUACCACUUAAAAAAGUUGAUAAAAAAAAAGUGUUGAAGACCCAAAAAAGUGAUCAUCAAAUGCAGAAAAGUGAUGCUCAUGCUAAAAUGACUAAUAAUUCCAACACAGAUAUGAGUAUUAAAAAUGCUGAUUCAAAAUGUAAUGUUAAAGUGGUUAAUCAUGCUCUGAGCACUGAAAAAAAUGAUAAUGAUGAUGUUAAUGAUGAUAAUGAUGGUGUUAAUGAUGAUAAUGAUGAUGUUAAUGAUGAUAAUGAUGGUGUUAAUAAUGAUAAUGAUGGUGUUAAUGAUGAUAAUGAUGGUGUUGCUCAAUUGUCUGAUCUUGAUCAGAGAAAUCAAAAAAAUGAUCAAGGUUUACAAGAAGAUACUCAGCUAAAAACAAUUGGCAAAUGUUCUUUGAGUAAAAGCAUAUCAGAAGAGGUGUCUGUGGAUGUAUUAAAAGAAGAGACGCAAAUAAUGGCAGUUAGAUGUUCAAACUUAGCUGAAACAAGGCUUUCAACUUUGGACGAUGUUGUCAAUACUUCACCUGAAGUAAACCCUAAACAGACUUGUCCAUAUGGUUCCGCUUGUUACAGGAAAAAUCCUUUGCAUUUUAAAGAGUAUAAUCAUUUAAGUGAUGAACUAACGCAAAAGAAGGAUAUAAAAGCAAAAGAGAAACCAUUAUGUGAAUAUGGCUCUACAUGUUACAGAAAGAAUUUACAGCAUUGGCAAGAUUAUAUACAUCCCUCAAGUAAUGAAAACAAAAAAGUGAAACCAAAACGUUCAUGUUCAAAACAAUCAAAAAAUAUUGAAUAUAAAGAAAACGAAGAUUCAGAAAAUGAUGAAAAUAAGUAUGAUUUAAACGAUUCUUUUAUUGACGAUGAAGUUAGUGAUGACGAUUACGCGCCUGAUUCUGUCUCAGACUCCGAUGAAUAUGAUGUCGAAGAUAAAGAUAACGAUUGAAUGAUCAAGUGAAUAAUCAAAAUGAUAAAACAAUGAAAUAAUUUUUGCAAAAAAAUGAACUUUAUAAAUUAAAUAGAACAAAAUAAAUUUUAUAUUUUUACUUAGAUUAACAAUAUUUCUUCUAUUUCUUAUUUUGAGUCUAACAAAUAUAUAACAUUUAAUUGUAGAAUUUAUUAAUUUUAAUGUUAUAGUUGGUUAUUAGUUAAUAAGAGAUCUUUAAAAUUAGACCAUUAAAAGUCUGUUUUAAGUGAAAUACAGUGAAAUUGGUUUUACACAUUGGUUACAUAGUUUUUUAAAAAGAAUGAUUUAAUCUUUAGAAAUGAGCGUGAAAUCAGUUCCUCAUCUAAGAAUACCAAACAUGAUUCGAUCAAAAAAUAGUGAAAUUGAAUGUUGUGUUUGCUUUAAAAACUUAACUGAAGAUUAUGCACUGCUUUACUGGAUUGAUUACAGAGGUAAAGCAGUUCUUCAAUCUGAGCUGCUUCCAAUUAAUAGAGAUGAUGCUGGUUACACAAUUAACACUUUUGUGACCCACCCAUGGGUUGCUACAGCAAGUCCAAAAGUACAACUUCUGUUAAAUAAAAAGCGAUAUUUUUUUCCACCGAAACCCGAUGAAUGGAAUCAAAAUUCAUACAAAGGUUUUAAUAAAAAAUGGCUAUGCCAAAAAAAUUUUGAAAGACUCCAAGAAGUAAAGCAAGAAGAAAAUAACAAACAAUAUUUUGAAGUUCUUAUAGAAAAACCUGGUGUUGAGGCGCUUAAAUCUAUUUCGUUGAAAUAUUUUUGUGAAAUUUUGAUAGAAGAUGAAGAUUGUAGUAUUGAAAGUUUAAACAUUCCUAAAUCAAUAAAGUUGGAAAUAUCUGCAACUCUAAAAAAAUAUUUUCUAAAGGUCUUAUAACCUCAAAGAACACAUUGCAAACUUUAAA